AUGGAGUGGACGGAGACGGGGACGCCCAUGGCUGUAGUGCUGGAGUUCCCAGCGGGGGACGCAUCUUCCCCGGGGGAGUCGCCUCCGUCGAAGGUGCCGAGGCGGCUGAUGCAGCGGCUGUCGGAGGGGAGGAGCGGUGCCCCCUCUAGCGUGGAGGAGAUUGAGGCUAAACUCAGGGAGGCUGAUCUCCGGCGACAGGUAGAGCGCCGCGGAUAAUCGGCGACUUUUAGGUUUUCUUUUGAAUUAUAAUCUGCUACUUUCUUGGUCAUUCGCUGAAUUUGGGAGCCUGUUACUACCGUAGGAUCAGAGGCUUAUUUAUGUACCGUUUCACCCUCUGUUUAAGGUUUCAGUCCAUAUGUUUUAAAUAUCGUUCGUGAAUUCGGAGUUUUUGUCUCAAAAUAUCAGUCGGGAACCUCGGCCUGUUUCCGUUUCUUAAUAUUUAACGGAUUUUUCUGUUCUCUGUCUUCUUUGUAUCCGUAGCGUUCGCUCAUGCUUAAAUUAUUGAUUAAUUUUCCUUUUUUUCUCCUCCCAAUUUUCUGUUCGAUGGUUAGGGGAAGACUUACUAGUUCACAUUAAGUUUCUACUGAUACUGACUGUGGCAAUACCCGCGAUGCCUUCGGCCUUUCCUCAUAGGCAGCCUGUGUCAAUUUCUGUCUAUUCUUCAGUUAUCAAUAUCUCUUCUUUCAUUCUUCUACUAUGUAUUGAUGUUUUCUUUCCUUCCCUGCCAUGGUCCUUCGUUGCUGCCUAUUAUUUUUUUUUUCUUGGGAAAUUCCUGAUGAACAAUCACUUUGCUAAAAAAUUAUUUUCUGAAAUUUUUCUUCAGAGGUGUGUAUGCCUGUUAUGCACGUCCAAGGUCGUCAAAGCCUUUAUUUUCUGUCUAUUUUAUGGUCUAAGAACCAUGUUUUAAUUUUUUUAUUGUUUUUUAUACAAUGAUCCUUAAACAGAAAUUCCACGAAUGGUUGUCGAGCAAGGCCCGGCCUAAAGUGAAGAGCCCAUCUUGGUCAUCUCAAGAGGAAGACCUAGGCCAACGACUUGAAGCAAAGCUUUAUGCUGCUGAACAGAAGAGGUAUUCCCAACUGUCACGUAUAUCGUGACUUCUAAGCGCACUUAUAACUGUCACGUAUGUUUUUUAACUGGGAAUUUGGCGAUAUAUCUAAAGAUCAUUGAUUCUUCACGGGGAUAAUCUAAAUAUAUAUAUAUAUAUAUAAAUUAUUGAAUUUCCUCUCAGUAAGUUAUUGAGUAAUAAUACUUUCUGCUCCCAGGGAGACCGUUAAACUUGUUUUCGCAAAAAUGCUUAAGUUUUUUUGAACGACAGGUUGAGCAUUCUUCAAAGAGCUCAGACGCGGUUGGCUAGGCUGGAUGAGCUACGGCAAGCUGCUAAAACCGGUGCAGUGCUGCGUUUUAAAAGGGAACGCGAAGAGUUGGGCACAAAAGUGAAUACUAGAAUCCAACAGGCUGAGGCGAACCGGAUGCUUCUUUUACAGGCACAUUUGCAGCGAAGAGCUGCUGUUCAGGAGAGGAAAACUCAAUCAUUGAUAACGAGAAUUCAUCGAGAAAACAAGUAUAGAGAAUGCGUUCAAAAGGCAAUCUAUCAAAAGAGGGUUGCUGCAGAGAGGAAUCGGUUGGGUUUUCUAGAAGCAGAGAAGACACGAGCACAUGCAAAAGUUAUGAGAGCACACCGAGUGGCCAAAUCUGUAUACCACCAGAGAGAGACCGAGAGAAGGAAAAUGAAAGAACAGUUAGAAGCUCGACUUCAAAGGGUAAAAAAAAAAGUUGUCCUUUUUUUGUACUUGCAUCUAGUUUGUUUGAGCUCUAUAAUUUCCAAAGACCUGCGUACAGAUGGCAAUUAUUUUCGUAUAACUAUAUCGUUGCAUAUUCGCUUCUUGGGCAUCUGCUGACGAUGUAACCAGCAUUUAAUUUAAGAAAAAAAUUUCAAUGAAUCAAACAUUUAUUGCAAUAACUUUGUAUGUACACAAUUACUUUCCCAAUUGGGUGACAUAAAUAGCCCUCUCAUCAUGUUUCUUAUCAAGGUGUUAAAUGAAACAGGCAAAGAGACAAAGAGCAGAAUACCUGAAGAAGAGGGGAAACCCCCAUUGUUUUAUGAGUAAUGCAUCCAACAAGAUGCGCAAACAUGGCGAUUUUCUUUCGAGAAAACUGGCGCGGUUAGAUUCUUUUUUCGCCAAAAAACACUUCAUUUUCUGAAGAGAGUCCUGACAUUUCGGUUUUUCAAUUUCAGCUGUUGGAGGCAGUUCGUAAGAUCCAGAAAAACAACAGUUUCCCUUACUAAAGCAUAUGAAUCUUUAGGAAUUAACAAGGAGCUUGUCAGGCUUAUGCCAUUUGAGCAACUUGCUGGUCUCAUUGGAUCACCUGCAGCUCUUGGGACAGUAAAAGCAUUGCUCGACCGGUUUGAGAGCCGUCUUGUACUUACACUGUCCUCAAGUUCAUCUGUUCCAGAAAACAUUGAUCAUCUGCUCAAAAGGGUGGCAUCUCCGAGCAGAAGGUUAUCACUUAAUAAAGCAACUCGUUCCAGGGUACAAACAAAAAAAGGGCCCGGUAAUGAAUCAGUGAAGCAUGAACCACGUAAAGUAUCAAGGUACGCGGUGAGAGUGGUUCUCUGCGCUUAUAUGAUUUCGGGUCAUCCAGAUGAAGUUUUUAGUGGGCGUGGUGCACAAGAAAGUGAGCUUGCCGAAUCAGCUGCAAGCUUUUUACGGGAAUUUGAAUUGUUGAUCAGUGUUGUCUUAAACGGUCCCCAAACCGAAGCUGCAUCAAGGCCAUCUUCAUUGGAUGUCAAGUCCGUUGAGGUUUCAUCUCCGAAUUUGCUCAAGCGAAGGACUAUUAGAUCUCAGCUGGCAGCUUUUGAUGCAGCAUGGCGUUCUUACUUGUACAGCUUUGUUGUCUGGAAAGUUAAGGAUGCAAGACUGCUGGAGGAGGACCUCGUCAGGGCAGCUUGCCAGCUAGAGCUCUCUAUGAUGCAAAAGUGUAAACUAACCCGUGAGGGAGAAAAACCUGAUCUCAAUCACGAUAUGAGAGCUAUUCAGAAACAGGUACGUAAAUUCCAUAUUUUAAUUAUUUUGAAAAAAGCACUAAAUAGAGUUGAAUACGCUCAAGAAUUAUGUGUAGGGUGACCACAGUGUUGUAUACAUUAGAGCGAAUACUUGUCUGCAUCUAUGCCUUGUUCCUCUCCUCUGGAUGCAUUUAACAUUCAUUAUAACUUAGCUAGCUGAAUUAUGAGAUGGGUGGAGCAUAUUACUUCGGUUCAUUGUCGCCGCAACAAUUUAUUUUUUUCCAAUUGCAGUUCUCCAGAUUGCUUUUUUUACUAUGUGAAUGAUUUAAGGAAAUUUUUAUGAGAUUCAUGGUUAUGUGGUAAGACUAUUUUGUUUUUUGGUCAAUGCUAGGUCACUGAGGACCAGCGACUUCUGCGAGAGAAAGUCCAACACCUGAGUGGAAGUGAUGGGAUUGAGCGGAUGGAAUCUGAGAUAUCUAAAACUCGUCAUAAAUACUUCCAAACCAAGGAGAAUGGAAGUCCAUCCACAUCAAUUUCACGCAUCUCUUCACCAUCAGUGACGCCCGUCCAUGAAUCUUCUGACUCGUCGACCGUCUUCCUAGCUUCUGUGGAGAAGCAAUAUCGCGUUGACCACAGCACCAAGUCGAGCAACGUUGUUCGUUCAUUGUUUAAUGAUGGGAUCUCUUCCUCGCCAGAAAUCAGCCCAAGUAUGAAUGCGCAAACAAUUCCGGCAGUGAAGCAGUUCGAAGAGAAUGAAGUUCUCGUUAACGAGAUGCUCCACCAGAGCUACCGUUCAUCUCUGGUUGACUUGAAUGUCAAUGGUAAAGAGGAGGGAAAGAUCAAGGUCGGUAUCCUUUGACUUGUAGAUUUUUCUUCACAUUCUCGGUAGUUUCUGAGUACAACGACCCACAUCGAAACGGAGGAACGUGGGCAUGUAUACCUCCGUGGUCAAAUUAUUUACUUUUUUCAUUUAUUUACCAGGAAAAGAUUAAAGAGACGAUGGAGAAGGCAUUCUGGGAUGGGGUAACGGAAUCUUUAACGAAAGAGGAGCCUGACUAUGAAACCCUAAUUAGUCUCGUGAAGGAAGUCAGAGAAGAGCUCUGUGGGAUGAGUCCUAAGAGUUGGAAGGACGAAAUUCACGGUCGUAUUGAUCUCGACAUCCUCUCACAGGUGAGUUUCCACAUGAAACCGCCACACUAUAUAUCUCUCGACUGUAGUCCUCUGGUACUCGUAAACCUAAUAUCUCCGCUGGCUACUUGCUUUAAUUUUUGUAGAUGCUCGAUUCAAGGGUAAAUGAUAUCAGCUAUCUUCGCGAGAUCCUGAACUAUUCAUUGGGGUUGCUGCUUAAGCUCUCUGCGCCGGCAAAUGAGGAGGGCAUGAAGAAGAAGUACGAGAAAUUCUGGGCUGAGUUGGCCGUUCUUGCUUCUCAAUCCACUGACAAACGGAAUGGCUCCUUCGUGACCACGGUCGUCAGGGGUCUUUGCUUUGUCCUCGAACAGAUCCAGGUACCCUAUUUAUAUCCUGACUCUCUCUCUCUCUCUCUCUCUCGAUGAAGAAUUGAUGAAAAAAUUACGAUCCGCAGGCGCUUAAAGAGGAGAUCAGCAGGGCCCGGAUACAGAUGAUGGGACCUAUUAUAAGAGGCCCCGCCGGGAUAGAAUACUUGCAGAAGGCGUUCACCAAGCGCUACGGGCCACCAUCAGACGCGGCUGCGGCCCUACCUCUGACGGCUCAAUGGAUGUCGUCUUCUUCCCAGGAAUGCAUGCGAGAGUGGGAGGAACACACCGAUUUGAUGUCUACCCUCUCCACAGGCCAAGUGAGAACCCCCCUUCUGCCCAAAAUAUUUCUCUCCAGGCAACUGAGAAUGAACCAUGGAUGCUGAUAUCAUCUUUUUACAAACCCCUCGUCUCAGGUUCUUCCCCCUGCGACUGCCAUCCGAAGCGGUGGGAGAUUUCCCGGUGGGUCUCGACCUGCUUCUUCUUCCUCUGAUUCAGGUACCAUGACAGAUUCAGAUGCCGCUUUGGGUUUACUUCACUUGAUUCCAGUUAUUUAUACUCUAUUCGCUGAUGAAGCAGGAGAUGCGCCGACGGAGUGCAAGGGAGAGAAGAUCGACGUGCAGGUGAGACUCGGCCUGCUAAAGCUCGCCGGCAGGAUAGAGGGCCUGACCCGAGAAGGUACGCCGGAAACGCUCCAACUCAACUGGCAGCGGCUCAGGAACGCCCAAUCCCAGCUCCAGAACAUCAUAGUCGUCUGCACUAGGUGGGCCCCUUUAUUCUCUCUAUUCCUUCCGUUUCCUCCAUCUUCCAUUCGCCCUGAAAUCUCCUCAAUGAGUUUAAUAUCAUUUACCCAACCUCUUGUGGGGGAUGGAUUGGGUGCAGCCUGCUGGUCCUCCGGCAGACCCUCGUCAGUCAGAGCGCGGCGCCGCCGCCGCCGGCCGACGUAGAGGCCGCCGUCUCCCUCGCUGCCGGGAGGCUGUCCGAGCUGGUGGAGCGGGACCCGCAUGUGGGCGUGCCGGAGAUAGUCGCCGCGGCGCUGGCAGCGGCAGCGGCGCCGCCGGAGCGCGACGGCCGGGGGGAGAGGGAGGAGGUUAUGGCGCGGGUGCUCUACAGAAGCCUCCAGGCCGGGGACCCCGUCUUCGGCAAGGUGUCCGGCACCGUGUACCUCGCCGCGCGGGGGCUCGUCCUCGGCGGCUGCGGCGCGCGCGGCCGCCGCGCAGCCGCCGCGUCACUGCAGCGCGUGGGCGGCACGGCGCUGCUCGACCGGCUGGCGGACACGGCGGGGUCACUCGGGAUGAUGGCCGCCGUUUCUUGCCAGGUGCACCGCCCCUGGUACGUUCCUCUGGCCUGA